GAUCUGGACCUUUAUGCAACUUCUCGAGAGCAACGGUUUCGUAUAUUUGCCAGUUUAGAAUUUGAAGGCCAAUUAUAUAUGACCCCACAUGACUUCAUUCAGUCUGUUACAAGUGAUGCACCCAAACGUGCUAAAAAGUGGAGGUCCCUUUCAAAACAGGAAUUGAAUCAGAUACUUAUAGAGACACCACCAGUUUGGAAAGGAUCAUCAAAACUUUUCCGUAAUCUUAGAGAGAAAGGUUUGAUUUCCUACACAGAAUAUCUGUUUCUCCUUUGUAUCUUAACAAAGCCUCAUGCAGGUUUUAAAAUAGCUUUCAACAUGUUUGAUACUGAUGGCAAUGAGAUGGUCGACAAAAAGGAGUUCUUAGUGCUUCAAGAGAUAUUUAGAAAGAAAAAUGAGAAAAGAGAAAGAAAAGGAGAUGAAGAGAAACGUAUAAUGUUGCGCCUUCAACUCUAUGGAUAUCAUACUUCUACUAACAGUUUGUGCUUCUUGAAACUUCUACAGGUACUUAAGACAGAUGGAAAGGACCUUGUCCCCAGAAGCUAUUGGGAUACAUUGAGACGUAGCACAAGCCAAGCUCUCUUUUCGGACCUUGCAGAGCGUGCAGAUGACAUCUCAAGUUUGCUAUCUGAUACCACACUGCUUGUGCAUUUUUUUGGCAAGAAGGGAAAAGCUGAGCUAAACUUUGACGAUUUUUAUAGAUUUAUGGAUAACCUACAAACUGAAGUUCUAGAAAUAGAAUUCCUUUCCUAUUCUAAUGGGAUGAACACCAUCAGUGAGGAAGACUUUGCUCAUAUUCUUUUGAGAUAUACAAAUGUGGAAAAUACAUCAAGUUACCUGGAAAAUGUACGUUGCAGGAUCCCUGAAGAAAAGGGUAUCACAUUUGAUGAGUUCAGAUCAUUUUUCCAGUUUUUGAACAACCUAGAAGAUUUUGCAAUUGCAAUGCAAAUGUAUAAUUUUGCAAAUCGUUCUAUAGGACAAGAUGAAUUCAAGCGUGCUGUGUAUGUAGCUACAGGCCUGAAGCUUUCAGCACAUUUGGUGAACACAGUCUUCAAGAUCUUUGAUGUUGACAGAGAUGACCAGCUGAGUUAUAAAGAAUUUAUUGGCAUUAUGAAGGACAGAUUGAAUCGAGGGUUCAGGGAGACCCCAAAAUAUGGUUUGAAGGGUUACUAUGUUUGUGUGACAACUGUAACAAGCAAACAUUUAAGAGAGCUCUGGAAGCAAUUUCGGAGUCGAGAUAUGCUAGGAUAAAAAACUGAAGGAAAGAAAAAACUUCAGCAUUUGGUUGCUACUAUUUUUUCUAGAUAUUGUGUGUGAAAAACGGCAUAACACAGGUAAACUAUGUAUCUUUCACUUGCAGCACUAUGCACUGAAUCACCAUUGGGUUUUUUCACUUGAUUUGCUGAUCUAUUCAUGGAUUUUUUUCAAGCACUUUUUCAGUAUGUGUUUUGUUUUAAGGGUUGACUUACACUGUUGUCUGGCCUAUAAAAGUGUAUCUUAGAGAAUGUGUUUUUAAAGAUAUUUGUUGUUCGUAUUUAUUUUGAGCUGUGCCUUUCAUUUAAAGAAUUUUUUUUUUCAUUCUGGUGAAUGUGCCUUUUGGCAGUGGUGAAAAAUUAUUUCCAUGUGGAGGGGAUGUGAAUUUGUUUUUAGAAAAUGAAUAUUAUAUGAAGAUUGUGUUAAAACAGGGAUGAGAAUGCAUUCUGUAGUACAACUAUUGACUAAGUGUGGAAUGUACAGGUUGUAAGUACUCAUGAGCCAACAAAGCUGUCAUUUAAAAACAACUAUAAGUAGCAGUUGUGAUACAGGAUAAUGUGAAUUAUUGAUUAAGAGGUUAAUUAAUUAAGAGGUACUGAUGUCCAACAGCUGUAAGUCUUACUAUUAUAAUCUUACUGAUUCAGUUUAAUAAAAUCUCCUGAUUUUAAGAUGUCUAAUUCUGUACAAUGUAAUGAAAACAAAAUGUCAAAGUAUUAGCUAAUAUUUUUAUCAUGUUAGUUAAUACAAUGCUACUUAAUAUAUAGCAUUGUGUUUCUGUAACUUUUUUGCCAGAGUAUGGAUUUCAGCUUAGUUAUGUAUUACUUGUUAAUAAUGCACUUUACAUAAAAGCUGGACAUGGUAUGAGGCAGAAAUUAAUCCUAUCCAGUUUUGCUAGACUGGCAUGCAGUACUGAACAAAUAUUUUCCCCAGGUUGUGGCUUUAAAAAAAUUAAAAGGAAUGCAGGCAAUAGUACAGAGCUACAGCCAGUUACAAAAUGUUACAGUGAUAAAUGUAAACAUCAUGAGACUUUGGAAUUCUACCUGUAUCAAAUUCUAGAAUUAAAUAAUAAGGCUUUAAUACAGCUAUGGGUUAUGCAAGCAAUCUGUAGCCUCCCUGGCCUCGUGUCUGUAGAUGUCUAUGUUAUGAAAAAAGAUUUUGUU